AAAUCCGUGUCCAGACCUAGAGGCUAGAGCACAGUGCCCUCAUCCAGUUUCUCACCUACCUUUUCAACUAUAUAAUUCACCAUUUUCACACCACAAACACACACCAACUGGAAAGAAACCCACCACCACUACCAUGGGAGUAGCCAACAACAUAACUGCAGUUCUAAACUUCAUAGCGUUUUUAUGUUCCAUCCCCAUCAUAGCUUCCGGCAUCUGGUUAGCCUCCAAGCCUGACAAUGAGUGCAUCCAUCUCUUUCGCUGGCUGGUUGUCAUCCUCGGUUUCCUCAUCCUCUUCGUCUCCCUCUGUGGCUUCGUUGGAGCCUACUGGUACAAGGAGACUCUUUUGGCCUUCUAUCUCUGCUGCAUGGCCAUACUGAUUGCCCUCCUCCUCAUUCUCCUUGUUUUUGCCUUCGUUGUAACGAGACCUGACGGUAGCUAUGCCGUCCCCGGGAGAGGCUACAGGGAGUACAGGCUUGAUGGGUUCUCCAGAUGGUUGAGGGAUCACGUUGUUGACUCCAAGAAUUGGAACAAGAUUCGAGCUUGUCUCAGUGAAACCGAUGUUUGUCCUAAACUAAACCAAGAAUACAUCACCCCCGAUCAGUUCUUUAGUGCUCAUAUCUCUCCUCUUCAGUCAGGAUGUUGUAAGCCUCCAACGGUUUGUGGUUUCAGUUAUGUGAACCCAACAUUGUGGCUAAACCCAGUGAAUCCAAUGGCUGAUCCAGACUGCUAUUUGUGGAACAAUGACCAAACCCAACUCUGCUACAAUUGCAAUUCCUGCAAAGCCGGUCUGUUGGGGAACCUGAGAAAAGAAUGGAGGAAAGCCAAUAUCAUUCUGAUUGUUGCAGUUGUUGUACUGAUAUGGGUUUAUCUGAUUGCCUGCAGUGCCUUCAAAAAUGCCCAAACUGAAGACCUCUUCCGCAGAUACAAACAGGGUUGGUCUUAAAACGCUUGUCCAAACACAACCCACUUGUCAGUUUGAUGGUUUUUGUCAGUUUUUGUUUCUUAUCCUCUCAAGAAAGAAAGUGUCUUUGUCACUAGUGUAAAUAUAUUUAUAUUCCCUUAUUCUGCUCUAUCUAGAAUGUAUGGACAGACUUUUGGAAUUGAAUUUUCAUAUUGUUAAAACGAGCAGAGAAUCUUAUCAGCUUUUCAACUUUAGAUUCUUCCGUAGAAGAUCAGUGGUCAUUGUGGCUUCUUGGAGUGAAGAAUGCUUUUUACAGAUUAGCAAUUUGUUGCAAACAAUUUGCACCCGCGUGUGCUUGCACACACACAUAAAGAGAGGGGGUGG